UUACCUUUAGGGGACCACACACCAUCCAAGGUGGGCGCGCACAGCAGAGAGGAAAGGCAUUCCACGAACAGGUUCCUAGAGACCCGUGUUCUCUAGGCUUUCGCUGACGUACUGGCUCCCGGCAUGCCUUGCGACCGUCCUACCGGAUGUCGGAAGUAGGAGAACUUCCGGUCGGCGUGGAAGGUGUGCUGGCGUGUUUCUUAGGUAAAAGAUGGCCAAAAGUUUACGGAGUAAGUGGAAAAGAAAAAUGCGUGCUGAAAAGAGAAAGAAGAAUGCCCCAAAGGAGCUCAACAGACUUAAAAAUAUUCUCAAAGUAAACUGUGAUGUUUUAAUGAAAGAUGUUCAAGAGAUAGCUACCGUCGUGGUACCCAAACAAUGCCAAGAGAAAAUGGAAUGUGUGACAAAUAAUGAUGCAACAGGUGACAUGAAUAUGGAGACUGAGAUAAAGAGAAACAAAAAGACUCUUCUUGAUCAGAAUGGACAGUACCCAGUAUGGAUGAACCAGAGGCAGAGAAAAAGGCUGAAGGCAAAACGAGAGAAAAAAAGGGGGAAAAGCAAAGCAAAAGCAGUAAAGGCAGCAAAGGGUUUGGCCUGGUAGACCUGGAAGCCGAAGAGCUUGCCGCCUGGGACAGAUGCUUGGUUAGAAAAUACACACUGAUUUCAGCUCCCACUAAAUGAAAACUAUUUCUGUUCAUAUUUGCUUGAUCUUUUUUCUUCACUUCAAACUCAAUUCAUUUGUUUUGGGAACUUGAAUAAAGUAUUUUUGUUGGAUAAAAA